AUGCCACCUCACAUCUUCCUUACUUUCUAUGUCUCGAGCGCCUUCACCUAUGAUAAUCUAAAUAUUGCCAGCGACGGAGCCGGUCUCCCAGUCGCGCUGGACUCGUUCAAUGGCCUGGAGCUUCGAAACAGUAUCAAUGAAGCCGGGGAGUCUAACGGGCUCGACCUUGUGCGCAGAAUACCCAAUGCUGCGAAAUCCCUGGGAAAUAAUCAGUUUGUGGCUGUCGAAUCGUUCGAGAUAGGCGCUGUGAGGUGGUUCUACCUGAGCAAGGACAUAGUGAACGGUCCUCACGCAACCGACGGGAAAGGACUCCCUGCGUACGUGUCCGACGGUGACGGUGACGAUGGCGAUACAAGCCAUGAGCUACGAAAACGAAAACUCGCCGAACGCGCAACCACCACGGUCUACCUGUCGCUGACGACGUGCGCCAAGCCGACCUCCAACAAAACCGACCCGGACGACGGAUUCCCGCAACUGGAGGUGUAUGUUUCUAAAUCAGACAAGCUGGAAAACCCAGGGCCGGGCGAGGACGACGAUUUGCAGGACAAAUACACGGCGGUUGGUGGAUACGUGGGGAUCACGAAGGACACAGACAGCGAUGUGUUCAUCGGUGUCGCGGCGCCUAAUUCCACGGAUUACACCGGCAUCUACAAGUUCCAGAUUGCAGCUUCUAUCGACGCCUAUUUCCACAGUGUUGUCGAAGAUGAACCGAAUCUGUACUUGAUCGACGCGGACGUGUCGGCCGCGCUGCUGGUCACGAAUAACCUGACGGAGUCCAACAGGACAUCUGAAAACUACCACCAGUGGAUGAACAUGGUACCCCCAUAUACAAUGUUCGCGCACAACAUCAACAACACCGCGUUGGUCGGUUUAGAGCGGUCAUUCUGUGCCCUUGACGCGCUGUCGCAGGUCGGCCGAAUCAGCAAUUCCACCGAGGUCGGCAUGACCAGUCGCGGACUGGGUAACAAGCCAAAAGAACAGUUCUACAUCACAGGUCUGAAUGCCAGUUCCUCCUACAACGGCCUCCUCGCAAUGGUAGGCAAUUCCACCUCGAACGGGAACGGAAUUGUCGGCGGCGGCGGACAAGUCUGGAAACCGAUGAACUUCACCACCAAAGCAGAUGACAACUGCGCCGUGCUCUUCAACCUAUCCUUCUGCUCAGAAGUAGCCUAUGCAGUCCCCUCCAACCCAGACCUGAGCGUCCAGAAACUUCGCACAAUCUACGACUCAUAUGCCUCCGCCUUCUACAAAAACUUUACCUACUCCCUCCAACAAGUUCAAUGCCAAACAGACGAUGAAUCCAUGUACUCACUCGCCGUCAAUUGUACCGACUGCGCAAAGGCAUACAAACAAUGGCUCUGCAGCGUGACCAUCCCCCGUUGCGCCGACUACUCUGCCACAGCCUCCUACCUCGCUGUCCGCAAUGCAGGCCAAGAUUUCAUCAACGGCACAUCCCUGCCGAGUGACAGCCCGUAUCGAAAAUCUGUUGCGUCAAACAAUUCCCGCAAUCCCAUUAUCGACAGCGAGAUCAAACCGGGCCCUUAUAAGGAGAUUCUGCCAUGUCAAGAUAUCUGUCAUACCCUUGUUAAGGAUUGUCCUUCGUCGCUGGGCUUUUCGUGUCCCGAGGGGAGAUGGUUGAAUUCUUCAUAUGGUAGCCUUUUCCGGCUCAGCCGGAACGACAUCGAUAAAGUCGAAUGUUUUGAAAUCUCGAGUAAGGAAGAAGCCAACCUCCGGGGUAUCAAGUCUCCAUGUCAGGUUCCAAGUCCGACGCGAUUUGAUAGUGGGCGCAUCGAGGACUAG